AUGGAAGUUGCUAUCAGAUUUAACGAUGAUUACGAGAACGACUACGUAUGCGAAAUCAACAAGAAGCAUACGGUCAAGAACUACUUGCACCCAAUGUUUUCCCCCUACAGUAAGCUGGCCGACGUCUUAGCCUUUAGACCCAGUAUUUUCUACGAUAAAGUCCCAACGAAGUUUUACAAAUCCGUUGGACCAGGGACUCUGACUUCCGGAGGGACCGUCCUGUUCAAUUUCGACUCUUCCAGAAGCAAAAAUCUGGUUGAGUUGGAUGAGGACAAACCCUUAGUUGAACAAUUGUGGCCUGGUCAGCUGAUUGUACCGCAAUGGAGGGUAAAUCCCGUAAAUCUCCUCAAAUACAUCACUGUGGUGUCGUUGUGGUUGUACACGGAUCUACCUGAUUUCAUUUCGCCUACUCCAGGGAACUGUCUAACCAAUUACAUCUCCAGACUAUUCAUGAUCCCAUUACUAAAGCUUUUGGACUUACCUGAGUACGUGGAAAAACUAGAAAAAGAAAUAGCACCAAACUCUGUUGGUAAAACUGCACAAAUCGUCUUUUUCUCCCUCCAUCUUAUCAAAAUUCUAAUCAUGUCUCUCUUCUUCAUCCUCGGUAUGGCAAACCCAAUAUCUUUCAACCCAUGGAAAAUCAAACAAGCAAAUUCUAUAACCGUUAACGACCCAUGCUUGAAAGACAAUUUGAAAUCCAUUGGCUGGCUCGGUAUCAAGAAAUCCUCAUACGACGUUUACAAAAAGGAAUACUACGACGCUAUCAUGAAGAAGCACGGUGGUAUGGUUGGGGCGUACAAGGCUGGAGUGAUUAAAAGGGCCGCUAACCCAGGUAUCAAGUUAAGUGAGGGUGAGGGUUACGCCACCCCAAUCACUAACAGACAUCAACCAACUUUUGAAAUCAUGGAAAAUGAGGGCAGAUUUAUCCUCAGUGACGAGUACUUCAAAGAAUUGCAAAAGGAAAUGGACCAGCUUCUCUCUCAAUGCGGUGACAACUAUAAUGAAAUCAAUAACCUGAUUAAAAAUUUCAGGAGGUACGGUCUGCUUGAGCCCGGUCCCAAGGUUAAUAAAUUGAUUACAAAAAAGGAAAAUGUUUACGGCAAAUUUGCACUCGCUGAACAAUUCGAUGCUUUGGAGGAGUCUAAAAAGAAGAAAUAA